GCGGCGGCGGAGGAGGAGGAGGAGGAGGAGGGGCGGCAGCAGCGCAGCGCGAGCCCGGCAUGAGGAGCCGCCGCGCGAGCCCCGCCACAGCUCCGGUCUACCCGUUUUAAAGGCCACGUCCAAGGGAAGCCCAAAUAGCAUCAUCCUCAAUUUGGUGUCCUUGGAGUCAGACUACCCAGGACAAUAUACUUACCUAAACUGGAUUGAAAGACACGCACAUUACUAGAGAUCAUCUUUUUAAAGGUAUCUCGAGAGAAAAGAAGCAGGUCUUCAUAAUAAUGGAAGAGUCCACAAGCUCUAAAAAUGGAAAUCAUGAACCAAGGAAGUCUGCUCGCGUUGUUUAUGAAGAAAGCAAAGCUCUUAGAGCUCCAACCAAUCAGAAUUUGAAAUCUAGAAAUGAUAGAGUCAUAAGGGACAUUGGAAGAAGUUCUCCAAGUGGGAACAGUAAUAAAAAAAAUAAACAAAAUGAUGUUUGUACAGAAAAAAUAGAACUUAAAUCAUGUAAGGUAAAUACCUCUAGUGUCCCAGGUACCAAAGACUUGGGAUCAGUCCUUCAAGAUCAAAGUCAUGGCAAAGCAAAGAAGUCACUGGGACCACUUGCCACAGGAGAAGGUGUGAAGCCGGUGAGAACCCAGCAGGUGGAAGACAACACUCCAAGCUCAUCAGCUCCAAGCUCAUCCGCUUCUGAGAAGGAUGUAAAGAAAGAAACCUCACCUACUACUGUCCAAAGAGGGAAGUCAGCUGUAGAAAGUGCUCCAGGCUCUCCGAAACUGAAACCAUGUACAGAACAUACCAGUGACCCUGGGCAUGGUGUUUCGGGAGCAGAAGACAAAUCUGAUGACUUGAGUAAACUGAAGAGUGCUGAGCCACCGAAAGACCCUCCUUCAGAGCUGGAUUACUUAGAAAACGCCACCACGAUCGAUGAGUCGACUCUGACCCCCGAGCAGAAGCUGGGGCUGAAGCAGGCUGAGGAACGCCUGGAACGAGAUUACAUCUUUCGCCUGGAAAAACGCUCCCCGGAAUACACCAAUUGCCGAUAUCUAUGCAAAUUAUGCUUAGUUCAUAUUGAAAAUAUCCAGGGAGCACAUAAGCACAUAAAAGAGAAACGGCAUAAGAAAAACAUUACGAGAUCUAUUAAAAACACCAGAUCCAAUGAUCCCUGGCUCGCUCUUUCCAUGUCUCUCCCAACAACUGGACCAUUGGCUCAUCCCACUGAAUUUUCCACCUCCCAGUCAGCUGUUUGUGGUCCUGUGGGAUCCAGUCUACACAAAGCAUUAUGUGAAAAACAGGAAGAAAAUGAAUUACGAGCCCUGCCACCCCCUUCCCCUGCCCAGCUGGCUGCUUUGAGCUCCACCCUCAUGCAAGCAGCAAAAGAACAAGGGAUUUCGGACAAUGACUUUGGGUUCCGGCAGGAAAUUGUGACUGAAAUGGAAAAGGUUAUACAGCAGCGCCUACCAGACUGUUCGCUUAGGCUGUAUGGCUCCUCUCUGACUAGGUUUGCUUUUAAAAGCAGUGAUGUUAAUAUAGAUGUAAAAUUUCCAUCCAAGAUGAGUCACCCAGAUGUUCUGAUUCAGGUGCUUGACAUAUUAAAAAACUGUGCAUUAUACUCAGAGGUGGAGUCUGACUUUCAUGCCAAAGUUCCUGUUGUCUUUUGCAAAGAUGUGAAGAGUGGUUUAAUCUGUAAGGUGAGCGCUGGAAAUGAUGUGGCAUGCCUCACAACUGAUUUGCUUGCUGCUCUUGGCAAGCUAGAGCCUGUCCUAACCCCCUUGGUGUUAGCUUUUCGCUACUGGGCUAGGUUGUGCCAUAUUGACUGCCAGGCUGAAGGGGGGAUCCCUUCAUACUCUUUUGCUUUAAUGGUGAUGUUUUUUCUUCAACAAAGAAAGCCCCCUCUUCUUCCCUCCUAUUUAGGCAGUUGGAUUGAAGGCUUUGACUCGAAACGAGUCGAUGACCACCAGCUGAAGGGCAUCGAAGACGAAAAAUUUGUGAAGUGGGAAUACAAACCUAUGCCCAGUGGGCCAGGGAAGAACUCAGGUGCCUCUGAGAAUAAAGCAAAAGCCGAUCAGAGAAGUGGCACCAAGAAGCCUACCAGCUCAGAAACAGACUCCCAGAAUGGUGCUGCCAAGGAGAGACACGGCAAGUCUCCUUUAGCGUUGGAAAUACCAAAUCAGGUAUCCCUGGGACAGUUGUGGUUAGAGCUGUUAAAGUUUUACACACUGGAAUUUGCUUUGGAGGAAUAUGUCAUAAGCGUACGGGUACAAGAACUCUUAACACGAGAGAACAAAAACUGGCCUAAAAGGCGAAUAGCCAUUGAAGACCCUUUUGCACUCAAGAGGAAUGUUGCACGGAGUUUGAAUAGCCAGAUGGUGUUUGAAUAUAUCCUGGAGAGGUUCAGGACAGCCUAUAAAUAUUUUGCUUGUCCUCAGAGUAAAGACGGGAAUAAGUGUAAGGUGGAUUCCAGGAAGAAGGAGAGGGGGAAAAUGAACAGCAAGAAGCCCGCAAAAUCUGGAGACGUGGGCGCCGGCGGUUGCCCUCUCCAAGGGGAGAGUGCCGAGAAGACCAAGCCGGGAAGUAGGUGUGGAGCACACACUUGUCAGUCCGAUGAAUGUAACGAGCCGGAAUGCGCAUCCCCCAGAUGUAGGAAGGACGCGGGCCGCCUGGGAAAGAAACUGGACGCAGCCGACUCCAGCUACGACGAGGAUGCUCGAGAACCCGGGACUCCAAAUGAUGGCGACGAGCUGGAGCCAAAAUCCUUGGAAGAGCAGCCCGACGUGGAGCCUCUGGAGCCCUGCUCGAAAGAGGAGGUCAGCCGCCAGUGUCGCUGCCGUGAGCACCGGUCACGGGACCCAGACGCCGUCAGUGACCCGGAGGGGACCCCUCUCAGGCCAGACCUGGACACAAAGUGUUUGCCUCCGGCUCCCUGCACUGACACUGACACCUCAGCUACCUCUCCCCACUGCCAAGCUCCGGCAGAGGCCUCUGACCUUAAGGACGAAGACCAGCCCUGCCCUCCCGAAAUGCACUAUGUGUUUGAUAAGUUUAUUUUGACUUCUGGCAAGCCUCCAACUAUAGUAUGCAGCAUCUGCAAGCGAGAUGGGCAUUCCAAAAACGACUGCCCAGAUGAUUUCAAGAAAAUUGAUCUCAAACCGCUACCACCAAUGACAUACCGAUUUCGGGAUAUACUUGAUCUAGUGUGUAAAAAAUGCUUUGAUGAAUUAUCACCUCCAUUUUCUGAACAACAAAGCAGGGAGCAAAUUUUAGCCAGUUUGGAAAGGUUUAUUCAAAAAGAAUAUAAUGAAAAGGCCAGACUUUGCUUAUUUGGUUCCUCGAAGAAUGGAUUUGGAUUCCGUGACAGCGAUCUCGAUAUCUGCAUGACGCUUGAUGGCCAUGAAAAUGCUGAGAAAUUAAACUGUAAGGAAAUAAUUGAAGGUUUGGCAAAAAUUCUUAAGCGACAUCCAGGUUUAAAAAACAUCUUGCCUAUAACUACUGCCAAAGUGCCUAUCGUAAAAUUUGAACACAGGCGGAGUGGACUGGAAGGAGACAUCAGCUUAUACAAUACCUUGGCUCAGCACAAUACGAGAAUGCUGGCUACAUAUGCAGCUAUCGAUCCUCGAGUGCAGUACUUGGGAUAUACCAUGAAAGUGUUCGCCAAGCGCUGUGACAUUGGCGAUGCGUCCAGAGGAAGUUUGUCUUCAUAUGCUUACAUCCUCAUGGUGCUGUACUUCCUGCAACAGAGAGACCCCCCUGUCAUCCCCGUGCUGCAGGAGAUAUUUGAUGGAAAACAAAUUCCCCAGCGAAUGGUGGAUGGAUGGAAUGCCUUUUUCUUUGACGACAUGGAGGAACUGAAAAAGCGUUUGCCUUCCCUGGGCCAAAAUACCGAGACCCUGGGGGAGCUCUGGUUGGGGCUGCUACGCUUUUACACUGAAGAAUUUGAUUUCAAGGAAUACGUAAUCAGCAUCCGGCAGAAAAAGCUGCUGACAACUUUUGAGAAGCAGUGGACAUCCAAAUGCAUUGCGAUUGAAGAUCCUUUUGACUUGAAUCAUAACCUUGGUGCUGGAGUAUCUAGAAAGAUGACUAAUUUCAUCAUGAAGGCAUUUAUCAAUGGAAGGAAACUUUUCGGCACCCCUUUCUAUCCUCUCGUCGGAAGAGAAGCGGAAUACUUCUUUGAUUCUAAAGUGUUGACGGACGGAGAGUUGGCUCCCAAUGACCGGUGCUGCCGUGUGUGCGGGAAAAUUGGGCAUUACAUGAAAGACUGUCCUAAAAGGAGGAGCGCUUUACUGUUUAGGCUGAAAAAGAAAGAGAAUGAGAAAGAAGACGAGAAGGAAAUGAAGGACGAAGACAGGGAGCUCCGCGAGAAGAGAUGUUUUAUCUGCGGAGACGUGGGACACGUCCGAAGAGAAUGCCCCGAAUACAAACAGGCUCGGCAGAGGAACAACGGUCUGGCAGGUGCCCAGCUGGUGCGCAGCCUUGUCGGUGCCCAGGCAGUGGCUGGCUCUGUCCAGCAGCAAGUCGACCGACCCUUGCGGACCAGGCAGCCCUCCGAAUGCUCUGAUUCACAGCCGUCAUCUUACUCUCCACAGCCCCCGUCAUUCCCCCCGAACUCUACUCAGCCAGCCUCUCUUGCCCAGACCACGCCACAGCCCAUAGCGCAGCCCAAGCACGGCCCAGCGCAGGCGGCCCCGCCUCCCCAUCAGGUCCAACUGCCUUUGUUUAACUUUCCCCAGUCGCCCCCAGGUCAGUAUUCUGCCCUGCACAACUUGGGACUGCUGCAGGUGCACCCCCACCCCCACCCCCUGCCUCUGCCUGGCGCCACCUGGCCCAUCCACGGCCCCGUGAUCCACUCGGCACCGGGGAACCCCGCCCACCCCGCCGGCGUCCCGUUCCCCAUGCAGUCCGGUGGCGGCGGCACCACCAACAACCAGAGCACUGUGAGCCUCAACGACCCCAGCAUCAUCUUUGCACAGCCCGCUGCCAGGCCCCCCCUGGGCAUCCCCACUUCUCACGAGGGACACUGGCACAGCCCCGUGGCUCCCAACUCACUGGUGAACAAUGGUGCCGUAGGGAACUCAGAUCAGGGCUUUCAAGGACAAUUUGCAAAACUGACCCCUCCGAUUCCUUGGGAUCAUGGGGCCCCCGCCCAUUUCCCCUUCCUCCCAGCGUCGUGGCCUUACGGCGGCGUGCCUCAGAACUUCCUCCAGCAGGGGAACGCCAGCUUUCAGCCCAACAAAGCUUUCUACCCUACAGCUGGCCCACUGAUGCCAAGCAACCCGAGGUUCCCUCUGCUGUCUCAAGGGCACCCGUCCCUCAGCUUGAACUACAUCCAGCAGAAGAAAUGACAUUUCAUGGAAAUCAAAGCAAAUCAGGUCCUGGAUUUAACAUUUUAACACAACUUGUUUAGAUACAGAUUAUUUAAAUUUAAGACUUUUUAAAGUGUAUCAUUUGUAUAUAGAUACAAGCUAUAGUUUUUACUAGUAUCACCAAAACAAGUGAUACAAAUUUCAUCUAUUUUAUUACCCUAUUUUUAAGGGACUUUUGUGUUUUGUUUUACCUUGAUGAACUGUAAAAAGAGAGAAUUUAAAAAAAAAAAUUAAGUUCUUUAUUUUCUAUUAGCUGUAUUCAUACUUUGGUUGCUUCAGACUUUAUAUAUAUUGUUCUUAAAAAUAAGAAUUAGGAAGGGAUUUCAUGUGUUUUAAAAUUUGUCACUUCUAUUCUUUACAGAACUAUGUAGUGCCAAAAACUUUUUAAAAGGAAAAAAAAUAAAACAAAAUUGCAACAAAAAGGACGGCGUCCCGCUUUUCUUUCUUUUCCAGAGGAGAAAUCUAGGGAAAUUUCAAAGGGAAAACAUUGACAUUCUUUUCAUCUGUAUUGGGAGGAAUUCUCUGUGGGGAAAUUCUUCCUUGACCACACAGAUGUGGUCGGUCUUCCCUCCUGCGGAGGAAAUGGAAAGAGCACUUGGUAGAUUUCAUUUGUAGGGGAACAGAUCAGUCCUAAAAACCGGUCUGAGCUGGCUAAGGGGGCCCUCGGCUUUGCGGGGGCAGCAGGAAUUCUGGAGCGGUCUGGGGGAGACCUCGGCUCUGGGUUGUACCGCCUGUAGAGCGGAUGACCUCUCCAGCCCCCCGCUUUGGUCUUGUCUGCCCUCAGAGUGCCCACCACCCGGCCCGGCCCCACCCCUUUGCCAACGCAGAGUUCAGGUCAGAGAUUUCUCUCAGGUGAUUGGGGAGGGGCUGAUGCUGACUGGCAACUUCCAUGAUACAGAAGGGGAAAGGGCAGGGGUGCCCACCUUAGCCAGCCCCUGCAGGAGCCAGGGCAUGUCAGGGCCAGGCCCAGGAUGCAGGUGCUCCCGAGGCAGCCCACUAGGCCGUGCUGAACCUCUGCUGGUGGGAGUCAGGCAAGCCGCUCAUGCCGACUCCAUGGAGCGCACCACAGGAUUGCAGACCCAAAGGGGUCCGCCCUCAGGCUUUCUCCUCUGGCCUUCACCCCCUAAGUAACUCAGAGCCUGGGGGGUGAAGAGCGACCAAUUCUGUCGGUCACAGCAUUUGGGGGGAGGGAGACAGCCAUCAUUAAGUAAAACCUGAAGACAUCUGCACCGAACAAGAGCAGUUCUGCAGCCUGUGAAAGGGCCAGGCCCUGGGUCUUUUUUGGUCUUCACCACAGCCCUGGGAGAGUAUCGGCCAUGGAAACAGGCAGAACUGAUCAGCUCGUCUAGGACCUCAUGGCUAGCAUCGAGGGAGGAUCUGAGUUCAGAUCUUCCUGACUCCACGGGCUGUGCCCCCUCCCUGUGUGGGGAGAACCCCGCUGGUGGCUUCUGAAUCAGGCUCUCCGUUAUCUGCUUGCUUCUUUAUUGAAGGUGUAGCAUCCACACGAAGGAAAUCUGCCCAAACAUGCAAACUGCUCACCCCGGAUGGGACUGGUUCGAGGCUAAGGGCAGAGAACACGGGGUACCUGCGGGGCAUCCGCUGGACCUCGCUAAGACCUUAUGAUGAUGACCUGAUGUAAACCACAAGGAGGGAGGCUUCGGGUGGACAAGUGGCCACAAAUCCUGGGGUUAGUCCCAGUCCUUACUCUUCAUCCCUUAAUUUCUGACCUCACUAGUUCCUCAUCUGUAAAACGGACAGGUUGGAUUGGCGUUUUGGGGGGGAUUGGAAGUCUGGUCUGGUGACCUUGGAAGCCCAAUAGGCCCCAAUAGCCUCUAGCCUUACUGAGACCUGAGAACCGACUCAAGCGCCUUCCAAAGGUACUGGGUGAAUGGCCAGCCCGGACCGCAGCCUUCACCCCUCUGGGUGACCACACUUACGUCCUUAUCCCUCCUGGUUUUUCCUGUUUCUCCAUGUUACUCAUAGUUGUGGGUGCCCCUCAAAGCUCGGUCUCAGGCCACCUCUUUUCAUUAUAAACAGGAGCCGUUAUCCCCACCAAUGACCGCCAGAUGAAUCCAGCCCUAACCCCCAGUCCGCAGCGUGCAGCUGCCUCUUGGACAUCGUGAUCGGGAUGUCCCAGAGGCAUCCCAAAGCCAACUGGCCCAAACUGACCCCGUUGUGCUUCCCCCACGAAGCCCUCCUCCUCUCCUUCAGCGCCCAGCCCUCAACCCGUGGUGUCGUCCUCAACUUCCGGUCUGAGUGCUCUGGCAACGAUCCACGAAACCCCGACAUCCCAGAGCACGCGGCCUGCUGCGGGACAAGACUUGAGGACCCGGCCCCUGAAUCUUAGGGAGAUGAGGCCCUGCAGGCCCCUGUCCAGUAAGAACAGGCUGGCCUGUCUGCCAGAUCCGGAGGCUGGGGCCGCUGCACCCGCAACGUUUCAUUACAAAGCUCGCCAAGGAAAGGGCCGGACACUGCACCUGGUUAAUCACAGUUUAAUCUGGAUGGAGAUAAACCUCGCGUAAUCAAAAAAAAAAAAAAAAAAAAAAAGAAA